AUGUCGUCCGUCCAAGGUGCUUUUCACCUACUUGAGGAGCCCUUCGGCCUCAUCACACCUCUUGGGUUGCCGCUGCCUGUCAACCACGCCCUGCCUGUCCGCUCGCUCACCGGAGACCCGGAUGGCGCAUUCAUCUCUCAAUGCUUUCGACACUUGCGCCGCGACCUGGCGGAACCAAUGAAGACGGCACUGUUUGCAACGCUCGAUGUGUGGUGGUGGCGGGUCAAUAGGUUUGACCUUGCACCUGCUGGCGCACUGGAUGUCUUCAUCUUUGUCGGCCCAGUGUACGAGUGCAAGUUUUGCGCGGGUACUACUACCGACCCCGACAUGGCCAUUUUGUGUGUUCGAGGACAUAUUAAUGUCUGA